AUGAGCACAGCACAGGCACCAGGGUCAGAAGCUCCGGGGAAUGUUGGAAUCGAGGUCGAGGUCGAUGAGAAUGAAAAUGACAACGACACCGACUCUUCGCUAGGAGACAACCUAUCCACGGCGACCGAGUCGGUCAGGUCGAGUCUCUUCCAGGGCGUCUACGAAAAUGGACGUCUCUAUCACAAAUACAAGGACGGGGCUUAUAUACUUCCGGAGGAUGGACCGGAGCAAGAGCGCCUUGAUAUGCAGCACGCCAUGUUCUGGCGGUCACUCGGCGGGAAGUUCAUUCUGGCGCCUGUUGAAAGAGAGCUGCGUGAAGUGCUCGACCUCGGAACAGGGACAGGAAUCUGGGUCGUCGACUUUGCCGAUGCACACCCCGAGGCCAACGUGCUAGGAAUUGACCUCAGUCCCAUCCAACCGGCGUUGGUGCCGCCCAACGCCAAAUUCGAAGUGGACGACUUCGACCAGCCAUGGACCUACGUCCAAAAGUUCGACCUGAUCCACGCGCGGAUGUUGCUCACCUCCAGUGCGGAUUUCCCGCGAUUGUUCCAACAAACCUUUGAUGCUCUGCAACCGGGCGGCUGGUUCGAGAUCCAGGACUUAUGCAUGCCACUGUUGUGCGACGACGGGACCAUCCAGGGAACCGCGCUGGAGGAAUGGAACGACAAGUACAUGGAGGCUUGCAGGAGGAUCCAACGCGAUCCCUCAUGGACGGCCAAGUAUAAAGAGUGGCUGAUUCAAGCCGGGUUUGUCAAGGUCGAAGAAAAGGUGCUCAAGUGGCCGAUCGGUCCUUGGGCCAAAGACCCAGCCCUCAAAGAGAUGGGGAGUUGGAAUCAGAUCAACAUGCUCGAGGGUCUGGACGCCUUCACGGUCCGGUUGUGGACCAUGGCACUCGGCAUGACGCUGGAGGAGAUCCAGCUGUUCCUCGUGCGGGUGAGGAAUGAUAUCCAGGACAGGAGAAUCCAUUCGUACUGGCCCAUGUAA